GCGUGUCUGGCCUGGCCGUCCCGCAGCGUUGCGCGCGCGCGCACGAUCCCCGACCCAGGCACCGGGCAGUCUCUUGGCGCAGCCAUGGCACAGCACUUCUCCCUAGCCGCCUGCGACGUGGUCGGCUUCGACCUGGACCACACCCUGUGUCGCUACAACCUGCCGGAGAGCGCCCCGCUCAUUUAUAAUAGCUUUGCUCAGUUCCUAGUCAAGGAGAAAGGGUAUGAUAAGGAAUUGCUCACUGUGACCCCAGAGGAUUGGGAUUUCUGUUGCAAGGGUUUGGUAUUGGAUCUGGAAGAUGGCACCUUCAUUAAGCUUGCAGAUAAUGGCACUGUGCUCAGGGCAAGCCAUGGCACCAAGAUGAUGACUCCAGAGGCGGUGGCAGAGGCGUAUGGCAAGAAGGAGUGGAAGCACUUCAUGCUGGACACUGGCAUGCCUUGCCGCUCAGGGAAGUAUUAUUUUUAUGACAACUACUUUGACCUCCCAGGAGCUCUUCUGUGUGCCAGAGUAGUAGACUCUUUAACAAAGAACAGUGGUCAGAAAACAUUUGAUUUUUGGAAGGAUAUAGUUGCUGGUAUACAACACAAUUUUAAGAUGUCAGCUUUUAAGGAAAACUGUGGACUGUAUUUUCCAGAAAUAAAAAGAGAUCCAGGCAAAUAUUUGCACAGUUGUCCUGAAUCUGUAAGAAAGUGGCUUCGACAGCUAAAGAAUGCUGGGAAAAUUCUUUUGUUAAUUACCAGUUCUCAUAGUGAUUACUGUAAACUUCUCUGCAAAUAUAUACUUGGGGAUGAUUUUGCCGACCUUUUUGACAUUGUGAUUACAAAUGCAUUGAAACCUGGCUUCUUCUCACAUUUUCCAAGCCAGAGGCCUUUCUGCACACUUGAGAAUGAUAAGGAGCAGGAGACACUGCCAUCUCUGGAUAAGCCUGGCUGGUACUCCCAAGGAAAUGGUCACCUCUAUGAACUUCUGAAGAAAAUGACUGGCAAACCUGAACCCAAGGUCGUUUACUUUGGUGACAGCAUGCAUUCAGAUGUGUUUCCCGCCCGUCACUAUAGUAACUGGGAGACAGUCCUUAUCCUGGAAGAACUCCGAGGGGAGGAAGGACAGAAGCCUGAGGAGUCAGAGCCUCUGGAGAAGAGAGGGAAAUAUGAGAGACCAAAGGCAAAGCCUCUAAAUACCUUAUCUAAUAAAUGGGGCUCUUUUUUUAUUGAUUCAAUUUCGGGACAAGAAAACACAGCCGACUCUAUGGUUCAUACGUGGUCUUCUAAGAGAAUCAGUACUUACAGCACUAUUGCAAUUCCAAGUAUUGAAGCCAUUGCAGAAUUACCCUUGGACUACAAAUUUACAAGAUUUUCUUCUAAUAAUUCAAAAACAGCUGGCUAUUAUCCAUUGGUCCAUUAGACCUUUGUUCCAUUACACCAGUGGUCUUAUCAAAUAACAAGACACGACAUCUGAAUAAAUUAUUUUUCCUGAAAUGA